AUGGCGGCAAAUGAACCCACACCCACUGCCAGCGGUUCAGACUCAGCUGCAUUAAACCGGGACACAAUUGGGGAUAACGAAAAUGGGAACGGGAAUAACGGCAACAAUCCAGGCACUCAAGAGCCUCAGAUUAAUGGAGGAGCAAUCGUGUCUUGGUUCGAUAAGUUUUUUCAGGAUGUGAUGACCAUCUCGUCCUUUGGCGCGGGCAUCACCUUCACAGUCAUCUUCCAACCCUAUGAUGAGUCUGAACAGGACGUCAAGCGAAAUCUUUCGGCGCAGACAGUUAACAAACUCCUUUCCGUCAGCUGGUUCUGUUUCGUCCUGGCGCUCACGUGGAGCGCUAUCUUGAAGAGCGCCUUCGACUUCAACAAGGACAACCUUGCGACUAGCCUCACUGGCCGACCACGCUCUAAAAUUGCUCAUGGUUUGACCGCAUUCGCUUCCUUCAGUGUACAGGCAUUGGUCCUUAUCGGCUUCUUGAUGUCUUCGCAGGCGAUAAUGGCGUUCAGCUCGACAAUAGGCAAGGCCGCUUUCUGGACCACCGCUAUACUCAUUGGUGCCCUUGCUUGUGCUUAUGUGUUUCAAUGCGUUAUUCCCAUUAUCAAAAUUGUUAUAUCUGGCGAAUCAGAAAACACUCUCAUGCUAAAGACUUGGGAUUCCGAACCAGCACGAAGUCGUGCACACUUCACUGCAAUAACCUCUGUCCUCGACAAAGGGAAGUAA